AUGGGUUCAGUUGAACAUGUAAAAAAUAAUUCUAAUAUUUUAGACAUAGAAUUAGAAGAAGUUUUAACUUUAGAUUCAUGUUUAACUAUAAUUUCUGAGCUCAUCAAGUUUAUUCUUUAUCGAAAGCAACAAUUACCAUAUACUUUCGAUAGACUUAAGUAUCUUAUAACUAGAAAAAAUUCUAAUACAAAUCAGAUAGCAGAAAAUGGACUUGACACUCUUGAACUAUUAUUUGAAAAAACAAGAAGCGAAUUAGAAAAUUCGAAAAAAGAACACAUAAAAGAAGUUGCUCUAGUAUUUGGAAGCACACCUAUGAUGCCUAAACAAGUGUACAUUAUUCAUUUACCACAGCUAUGUUUAAAUCAUUCUGCCAAUUUUCACUUUGAAAAAAAAUACACCUUCCAUUUGUUAAGGUAA